AUGUCACCACCUUCUUUAAAACGAGAACAUUCUAUUGCCAAUACUACUUAUUCUGAAAAAUCCGCAACAUUAACCCCUCCUAAAGGAACAUGGAUACAAAAAAUCAAAUCUCUUAUAUUGACUUUACUCUCAAAAUAUUGGUUUCUUCUUGGUUUGGCUAUUGCAAUCAUUUUGGCAUGGCAAUUUCCAAAUGUUGCAAAAAAAGGCGGUUAUCUCCGGGCUGAAUGGACAAUCAAAUGGGGUGCUGUAAUUGUGAUUUUCUUCAUUUCUGGACUUUCGUUACGUACAAAGAUUCUUGCUCAGACCGUACUACGUAUACGAUUACAUUUGCUGAUUCAAAUUAUUAAUCUGAUGAUUAUCCCUGGUGUGGUCUUUGGUCUUAUUCUUUUGUUUUUCAAGAUGCAUAUGCCCCUGAAUUCUUUAUUACUCGUUGGCGUGGUGAUUGCAGCAAGUACGCCCACUACCGUUUCUUCUAAUGUUGUAAUGACAAAGAAUGCCGAUGGGAACGAAGCUUCAGCUUUGAUGAAUGCAGCUAUUGGAAAUGUUUUAGGUAUCUUCGUAUCACCUGCUCUUGUAUCUGUAUUUCAAGGUCCUCUUAUAGACGCAACACCUGAAGAUGAAACGCCUCAACAAGCUGGAGGAAAGGUUGAUUUUGUAUCGGUAUUACAACAACUUGGUUUAACAGUAUUGGUACCUUUAGUGGUUGGACAAAUCAUUCAAUGGUUAUUUACUGAAAAGGUGGCGAAAAUCAAAGUCAAAUGUCGAUUAUCUGAUGUGAGUAGCUUUUGUUUAUUGACAUUGGUUUGGUCCGUGUUCUCCGAUGCCGUGGCUUCAGGUUCUUUUGGUUCAGUAGCUGUUGUCGAUAUUGUUGCUGUUACCAUUAUCAAUGCUGGUCUAUAUAUCUCUUUUUCUUUACUUUGUUGGUUUUUGGCUUAUAUUCCUUUUCCAUUUCCUGGUCCUCGUUGGAUACAAAGAUUACGUUAUUCUAGACCGGAUACAGUGGCUAUCAUGUAUUGUGGUGCUACGAAAACUGUUGCGAUGGGCGUGCCGCUGAUCAAUGUAUUGUAUCAACAUGGCGAUCCUGGAACGAUAGGGGUUUUGUCAACACCCCUUCUUUUAUAUCAUGUGGAACAAUUGAUUUUGGGAAACAUUGAAGUGGAAAUUCUUAAGAAAUGGGUUCAUCGUGGUCAACAAGAUGAUAUCGAACAACAACAACAACAAGAAGAGAUCGCCAUUCCAGCGCCGCACGAUGAUGAUCCUACUGAAUAUGGAACUGAAUAUGGAAGUGACACUACUCAUGUACCCUCCACUUUAUUGCCAUCUCAUUUGGGUCAGUCUACUUUGAUACAAUCCAAUAUUGCCAAUCAUUCAGGUUUUAUGCCAAGUCCCUUUUCCCCUACACAUCAUUAUCGUUAA